AUGGUCUUGCAGCUGCAGAAAGAUUUGGAAGAGGUUAAAGAAUUGCUUACGAAGGCCACGAGGAAGCGUCUUCGUGAUGUCCUGAUGACAGAGAAACACAAGCUAGAGCUCGAAAUCAAAAAUCAGCCUCCACCGAAGCCAAAAGAUGUGGCAGAGGAAGAAAAGUCGUCACUGGGAGGGUACACCGUGAAAAUAAACAAUUAUGGUUGGGAUCAGUCAGAUAAGUUUAUUAAGAUUUACAUCUCUUUAAAUGGAGUCCAGAAGCUUCCAGCUGAGAAUGUGCAGGUGAAUUUCACAGAGAGGUCAUUCGAUCUGCUAGUGAAGAAUCUGAAUGGGAAGAACUACACCAUGACCUUCAACAAUCUCCUGAAGCCCAUCUCUGUGGAAGGCAGCUCUAGAAAGAUAAAGACAGACACGGUCCUUGUGAUGUGCAGGAAGAAGCGGGAGGAAAAAUGGGAAUGUCUCACUCAAGUGGAAAAAGAAAGCAAAGAGAAAGAGAAGGCUGCCUACGACACCUCAGAUCCUAGUGAAGGGCUUAUGAACCUUUUAAAAAAGAUGUAUGCAGAAGGGGAUGAUGAAAUGAAGCGCACCAUCAACAAGGCCUGGGUUGAAAGCAGAGAAAAGCAAUCCAAAGGGGACAUACCAAUGGAUAUUUGAAAGUACGCUAAGGGCCGCCUUGAUACCGAUCUUCCAUGUGAGACACGCUGUGCUGCAAAGAUCAUUGUUUACACAGCCUUCUUCCAAGCAAAGACAGUCAUUUUCCAUUUCAGGUUGGAGAAAAUAUUUAAAUAAAAUAGCUUAUAAAGCA